AUAGACCAUCAGCUCUCACGAUCUCACGACUUCCUUUACAAGUCGGAUUGGUAUGUGUACAGGCGAGAGAGGGCAGAAAACAGUAAAAAUGUACAUUCUACUGGAAACAUGACCCUCAAAACGGGCGCUGAGAAGUUUAGCAGAAUCCCAACUAGAAUUUGAAACUGCGGAAUGAUAUCACGAACACCAUAAUUUGUAAGAAUAUGAGGAAACUGAAUUUCUCUCGAAUGAUCUAAUUAUUCCCUAAUGAAUACAUAAAAUUUACACGCUUCCAUCAUAAAUGUAAGAUCAGAAAGCUAUGCGCAAGACUUUGUUCUACUUGUGUGGCUGUUGGUCACUCGUGGUCAGCACCUUGAAACUCCCAAAUUAUUGGUGGGCAACAUAGUCGCCAUGACACCCUUGAGUUUCACGGGGCUGGGUUAGAGCAUCUUGGAUCGUUUCACGUUGUGGUAAUUUUUUUUUGUAGAUUGAUUUUCGAGCUGUUAUUUAUAUUUUUUUUACCCGUGACAUAAUAAUGGAUGUAGACUUACUGAGACCUGGAGUAGCGAGACCGUCUCAUAAUACUGUGUUGUGGUUUGAGUUUUUGUUGGAUCCUAGCCUACUGGAAAACCAUUUACAGAAAGAAACACCAGAUCCAUCACCCACAGACUUGAUUGUGAAGUUCCUGUCCAUUGCCCCAGAUACAAAGGAAGCAGAAUCCAAACAGAGUGAGAAUGAACCAUCAGAAAACAGUAAAAAUGAGGCGCUUGGAAGUAAAAGAAGGUAUAAAUACUUAGCCCUGAAAAUAUUAGCCCUGAAAGUUGCAGCUUUCUUGAAAUGGGAUCUUACUCUAUUAGAAAGAAGGUUGCCUUUGCCAAUGCAGUUGACGCUUCUACAGGAUUUAUUAUACCUAACACUGGAGAAAGAUGCAGAUGUGGAGAUGCACCUGGAGCUGGAUUUGGGUUCUAGUCCAGGCCAUGUUGUGUUUGCUAUAUCCCUGUAUCAUCGAUGGGUUCUGCGAGCUGUUAUGUACAGUCGCCUUGCUAUGAAGCAGACACGCCAGCCAUAUAUACCUGUACCAGGACUCCAAGAUCCUACAUAUGUUCCUCCCAAUGUAAGUGAAGAUCUUGUACAAGGUUUGGAAAGUCAAGUGGCCAAUAGCAUUGCGGUCCUUAGCCACAUAGUAAGUGGAACUGCAGUACCAACAGUCCCUGUGUUUGACACAUUUGUCAUGCUGACAGAGGAUAGCACUGAUGCACAACAGAACUGGGACAAGUGUGCUGAAGUAUCAUCUGCAGAAUUUUUAUGCCAGCUUCAUUUUGACAUGGGGAGCUUCCAUUUCUUCCGUGAAGAAUAUGGUGUGGCAGGGGAGCUAUUUCAUAAGGCUGCAGAAUUGCGACAACAGUUGGGCAGUGAAGCCACUCUUUACUGUACAGUAUCGACUGAGGACUUGAAAGGCUAUAGUGAGGCUUGUGACAUUACUUCACCAACUGUAUCAACACGUAAUUUAACAUAUCAACUGCAUCGAGCAGUCAGAGAUCAGUACACAGGUAUAGUAUCCAUCCUCCAAACUGACAAUUUGCAUAAGGAAAUUCCACAAGUUUACCGGGAUACUUUGGAGCUGGAUAUCCAGGGAGCAAUGUCCAGUCGCAAAUUUACUGUUGCGCGUGAUUUGCUUCUUCAAGUUCAGACGUUGAAUGUUGUACGAAGGGCACUCACAGGCACACUGACUUGUGGUGAUUACAUCUACAAACUGCGUCAAGGUGGCUCUAAGGCCGUUGACUUACUUAUCACUGCACUGAAACAUAUACUACCACAUUCUAACUUAGCAGAAAAGAAUAAUAUAAAGUUGUUUGUGAUGCAACUGGUGGAAUGUGGUGACAUAGAAGGUUUGCUUGAACGGCUUCUGUCAUGUGAGUUUCUGACAGAUCUCCUCUCACCCAGGGAGAUAGAGGAGAUAUCCAGUAAAACAACAGCUGUAGGACAAGAUCUUGUGAAUAUCCCAGAACUGCUACUUAAAACUGAGUGGGACAUGCCAGACUUUGCAGUUUGCAAGAAUGCAAGACUGGAAAUUGGAAGCCUGGAACAACAGUUGUUAUUGAGCUAUGAUUCAUCUGAAAUUAGAGGGAUUGUAGAGAAACUUGUUUCUGCUAAUCCAAUGAAACCACAGUGGAGAAUCAGCAACAAGUGGGAAUUACCAAUCCCCCUUCAGAGUAUGGCAAUGACAUUACCAAGGGGAUUUGUACAAGAUUUUGCAUAUAUCUUACUGGCAAAGUCACGAGAGCUAACUACAAUGAAGGACUUCAAGCUGGCCACAGAAUUUUUAACUGCUGUGGAAAAUGAGGCUCGCAACAGCUCUGUAAAUUCUGGAACAUUGUACAAACUGGUUCGUUUAUUAUCAUGGGAGACUCUACUCAUACAGAUUAUUGAGUUCUUAACAGAAUGGCCCAACCACAAAUUAAAUACUGGCACUCUUGCUGCUGAUUGCAAGCAGUGCCUGCUGGCUCUACAGUCUGGAGAUAGUGUUAUCCCUCGCCUGGAAGUGAUGGAGCACUGUGCCAUUUGCCUCUUGAAUUUGGGUGAAUGGGAAUACUUGACUGGUCUGGAGAAACGUUGGAACUACUUUGAAAUUGCUGCUGCUGUUGCAUAUGCCUGUCUGGACAUAGCAAAGUAUAAAGGGAACAAGAAAGUGUCCAGAGAUGCCUGGGAUAUAGUGUUGCCCAUAUUUGGUCCCAGUCCUCAGCAGAAGCGGACAGCAUCAGGAACAACAACGCUAAUUCAUCGUGACUCUCCAAACAACAGUUCCACUCAUACUCGUGCCACAUUGACACUAUUUUUAGCAAGACUGCGAGACAGUACAGCGCUUGCUGUUGUGAUUUCCCUGCUAGCUCGUCUUCAUAAUGUGUUGAGAGAUGAGCCAAGUUUGGAGUUAAGUGUGGAUUAUGCUGGAUUGUGGCCAGCAGUUGUCAGCAAUGCAAAUUCUUAUAACGUGAGAUCAGUUGGUGAGGCUCUUUCACAGCUGUUGCUGCAAGCAUUGCAGUUUCAUCCAACAAAUGUAUCCUGGCUGAAAGUUAUGGGAGACCUUAAUUUUGUAUUAGGACAUCAUGCUAUGUCACUGAGAUACUAUCUUGAAGCAGCUAUUGUGGUCAGUGAUUUCUUCAGUCAGCCAAUACCUAGAGCUGCAAUAGAUGACCAUGUAUACAAAAGGAUGAUAAAGUGCUGUAUUCAUCUACAGUGCCACACACAGGCUGCUGUGCUUUGUCAGUUCCUGGAAGAAGUGGAUUAUACCACAGCAUUCAAGAGCCUUGGUGACAUCAAGAGUAGCACAUGUAGCGAUGCAAUGGAUUCUUACUACUCAUGCAUUUGGGACACAACCAUUCUGGAAUACCUUGUUCAUUUGCAUACCAAGAGGGGAGAACACCACCGUAAACAGCAGGCUAUCAAAGUGAUUGGUUUGCUAGAAUUAAAUGCUAAUAAUAAUGAAGAGAUACAAAGAGAAGCUGCCAAUAUCCGAAAGUCACGCUUCCUGCGAGCCAUGGCUAGACAGUAUGUAUGCUGGAUCUGAAUACACUUGUGUGCAGAACAGUUUAUAAAUCUGUUUAAUAUUAAACUAAUUCCAUUCCAGUAUUUAAUCACUUCAUUGUAUAUAAGUAGAAGUGUUAAACAAGAUCCAUUUAUAUAUGAA